AUGGUGUCCAAGAAGGCUCGUGCCGCCGCGGCUUGCGCUGGCUUGGGAGGGUUGGCUUUUGUGGCAACGCCAGGAUCAGUUGCUCGUCAUGUGCCAGCUGUUGAGAUGGCAGCCGGCAAGGCUGCCGCUGCAGAGACCAGCAACAGUGCUUUCACUGUUGGUGCUGCUGCCAUGACAGCUGCUGGCGCAGUGGCUGCUUCGACCCGAAGAAAGGGGCGAACAUCCAAAGUCACUGCCCGUGCUGAAGUGGCCCCUGGUGAGAAGGUGGUUGGCAUUGACCUUGGCACCACCAACUCUGCUGUAGCUGCCAUGGAGGCUGGUUCUCCAACCGUGAUCCCAAACGCAGAGGGAGCACGAACCACACCCAGCGUUGUGGCCUACUCCAAGAGUGGCGAACUUUUGGUGGGCCAGAUUGCGAAGCGUCAGGCGGUGGUGAAUCCAGAGAACACCUUCUACUCAGUGAAGCGCUUUGUUGGCCGCCAACCCAAUGAAGUGGAGGAAGAGCUGAAGGAGGUGUCAUACAAGGUGGAUUUCGAGGGCCAAAAAGUGAAGAUUGACUGCCCCGUGAUGAGCAAGAAGUUUGCACCGGAGGAGGUCUCUGCACAGGUGCUGCGAAAGCUGAGCGCAGACGCCGGCAAGUACCUCAGCGCCACGGUCCAGAAGGCUGUAGUGACUGUCCCAGCCUACUUCAAUGACUCCCAGCGUCAGGCCACGAAGGAUGCCGGAAAGAUUGCUGGGUUGGAUGUGCUGCGUAUCGUGAACGAGCCAACCGCUGCAUCUUUGGCAUAUGGUCUGGAGAAGAAGAACAACGAGACCAUUUUGGUGUUUGACUUGGGAGGUGGCACCUUUGACGUCUCCGUUUUGGAGGUUGGUGAUGGUGUGUGCGAAGUGUUGGCCACACACGGUGACACUCACCUGGGUGGUGACGACUUUGACAAGGUCAUUGUCGACUGGCUGGCUGAGGACUUUCAGAAGACUGAGGGCAUCGACCUCCUGAAGGACCGGCAAGCACUGCAGCGUUUGACGGAGGCAGCUGAGAAGGCUAAGAUGGAGCUUUCAGGCGUGCAAGAGGCCAAGAUCUCUUUGCCUUUCAUCACAGCUGAUGCCUCUGGUCCCAAGCACAUCGAAGAGAGCUUAUCCCGCGCAAAGUUUGAGCAGCUUGCAAGCAAGCUCAUCACUCGAUGCAGGACGCCAGUGGAGAGCGCUAUGAAGGAUGCAAAACUUAGUCCGAGCGACAUCGAUGAAAUCGUCUUGGUCGGUGGCUCCACACGCAUCCCAGCAAUCCAGGAUUUGGCUUCAGAGUUGGUUGGCGGGAAGAAACCCAAUCAGAGCGUGAACCCUGAUGAGGUUGUGGCAGUCGGUGCUGCCGUCCAGGCUGGUGUGCUGGCAGGAGAUGUGAAGGACAUUGUGCUGCUGGACGUGACGCCUCUUUCUUUGGGUGUCGAGACUCUUGGUGGUGUGGCCACCGUGUUGAUCCCCAGGAACACCACCAUCCCAACCAAAAAGACGGAGGUCUUCUCCACUGCCACCGACUCUCAGCCAUCCGUCGAGAUUGUGGUGCUGCAGGGCGAGCGACAGUUCGCCAAGGACAACAAGAUCCUUGGCACUUUCCGUCUGGAUGGCGUGCCUCCUGCUCCUCGUGGUGUUCCCCAGAUCGAAGUGACCUUCGAUAUCGAUGCCAACGGUAUCUUGAACGUUGCUGCAAAGGACCGUGGUACCGGCAAGGAGCAAACCAUCACCAUCGCUGGUUCCUCCACCCUGGACAAGACAGAUGUCGAGAAGAUGGUUCAAGAUGCCGAGGCCAACGCUGCAGAGGAUGAGAAGCGCAAGGAGGCAGUUGAGACUAAGAACAAUGCAGAGAGCCUGGUGUACCAGACUGAGAAGCAGCUGCAAGAACUGGGUGAAAAAGUGCCUGCUGACCUCAAGGCCACCAUUGACCCCAAGUUGCAGGCCUUGAAGGACAAGGUUGGGGAGGCCGAGCCAGACACUGAACUGCUGAAGACCAUGACGAAGGACCUGCAAGAGGAGCUGAUGAAGGUUGGCCAGGCCGCCUAUGCCAACACUGGAAGCCCUCCUCCAGGUGAUGCAGCUGAGGCAGGAUCUCCACCCCCUGGCGAUGCCAAGGCGGAGGCCAAGGCCAAGGACGACGUCAUCGACGUGGAUGGACAUACCAGGUUGGAGACCAAGAAGUCGAGUCAAGUGUGUUUGGAGAGUGGUCAAGGACACAAGGACACGAAUGACCCCACCAGAAGGGCAACACUGUUGGAUUUUGUGAUGGUUAAGAAGACGAGUGCCGCUGCUUGUAUUGGUCUUGGUGGGCUGGCUUUCGUGGCAACACCAGACGGUAGCCAUCGAGUACCUGUGCACCACGGACCUAGUGCUGAUGUGGCCAGUGGAGCGAAGGCAGAAUCAGGCCACACCUUUGCCAUGACCACCUGUGCGAUGGGUGCGGUGGCAGGUGCUGCGCUCUCAAGGAGGCGCAGCUCCAGAGUCACUGCCCGUGCUGAAGUGGCCCCUGGUGAGAAGGUGGUUGGCAUUGACCUUGGCACCACCAACUCUGCUGUGGCUGCCAUGGAGGCUGGUUCUCCAACCGUGAUCCCAAACGCAGAGGGAGCACGAACCACACCCAGUGUUGUGGCCUACUCCAAGAGUGGCGAACUUUUGGUGGGCCAGAUUGCGAAGCGUCAGGCCGUGGUGAAUCCAGAGAACACCUUCUACUCAGUGAAGCGCUUUGUUGGCCGCCAACCCAAUGAAGUGGAGGAAGAGCUGAAGGAGGUGUCAUACAAGGUGGAUUUCGAGGGCCAAAAAGUGAAGAUUGACUGCCCCGUGAUGAGCAAGAAGUUUGCACCGGAGGAGGUCUCUGCACAGGUGCUGCGAAAGCUGAGCGCAGACGCCGGCAAGUACCUCAGCGCCACGGUCCAGAAGGCUGUCGUGACCGUCCCAGCCUACUUCAAUGACUCCCAGCGUCAGGCCACGAAGGAUGCCGGAAAGAUUGCUGGGUUGGAUGUGCUGCGUAUCGUGAACGAGCCAACCGCUGCAUCUUUGGCAUAUGGUCUGGAGAAGAAGAACAACGAGACCAUUUUGGUGUUUGACUUGGGAGGUGGCACCUUUGACGUCUCCGUUUUGGAGGUUGGUGAUGGUGUGUGCGAAGUGUUGGCCACACACGGUGACACUCACCUGGGUGGUGACGACUUUGACAAGGUCAUUGUCGACUGGCUGGCUGAGGACUUUCAGAAGACUGAGGGCAUCGACCUCCUGAAGGACCGGCAAGCACUGCAGCGUUUGACGGAGGCAGCUGAGAAGGCUAAGAUGGAGCUUUCAGGCGUGCAAGAGGCCAAGAUCUCUUUGCCUUUCAUCACGGCUGAUGCCUCUGGUCCCAAGCACAUCGAAGAGAGCUUAUCCCGCGCAAAGUUUGAGCAGCUUGCAAGCGAGCUCAUCACUCGAUGCAGGACGCCAGUGGAGAGCGCUAUGAAGGAUGCAAAACUUAGUCCGAGCGACAUCGAUGAAAUCGUCUUGGUCGGUGGCUCCACACGCAUCCCAGCAAUCCAGGAUUUGGCUUCAGAGUUGGUUGGCGGGAAGAAACCCAAUCAGAGCGUGAACCCUGAUGAGGUUGUGGCAGUCGGUGCUGCCGUCCAGGCUGGUGUGCUGGCAGGAGAUGUGAAGGACAUUGUGCUGCUGGACGUGACGCCUCUUUCUUUGGGUGUCGAGACUCUUGGUGGUGUGGCCACCGUGUUGAUCCCCAGGAACACCACCAUCCCAACCAAAAAGACGGAGGUCUUCUCCACUGCCACCGACUCUCAGCCAUCCGUCGAGAUUGUGGUGCUGCAGGGCGAGCGACAGUUCGCCAAGGACAACAAGAUCCUUGGCACUUUCCGUCUGGAUGGCGUGCCUCCUGCUCCUCGUGGUGUUCCCCAGAUCGAAGUGACCUUCGAUAUCGAUGCCAACGGUAUCUUGAACGUUGCUGCAAAGGACCGUGGUACCGGCAAGGAGCAAACCAUCACCAUCGCUGGUUCCUCCACCCUGGACAAGACAGAUGUCGAGAAGAUGGUUCAAGAUGCCGAGGCCAACGCUGCAGAGGAUGAGAAGCGCAAGGAGGCAGUUGAGACUAAGAACAAUGCAGAGAGCCUGGUGUACCAGACUGAGAAGCAGCUGCAAGAACUGGGUGAAAAAGUGCCUGCUGACCUCAAGGCCACCAUUGACCCCAAGUUGCAGGCCUUGAAGGACAAGGUUGGGGAGGCCGAGCCAGACACUGAACUGCUGAAGACCAUGACGAAGGACCUGCAAGAGGAGCUGAUGAAGGUUGGCCAGGCCGCCUAUGCCAACACUGGAAGCCCUCCUCCAGGUGAUGCAGCUGAGGCAGGAUCUCCACCCCCUGGCGAUGCCAAGGCGGAGGCCAAGGCCAAGGACGACGUCAUCGACGUGGAUGGACAGUAGAUCCAGAUUUUGUUACGUAGAACGUUUGAUUUCCCUUAUGCUUGUCGGAUUGUUGCCUGCAGUCCAUUGAUUUCUGUAAGCGACAAAGGUGACGAUCCGUUUUCACAGUUUUCGGAGCUCAGCACUGGAGGCAAAGAAGCUCCAUCUCGUGUCCUUUCUGUGCUCGGUAGGGUUCUCGCCUGUUGGCCUUUUGAAGAGCUUUCCAACUGCAAUUGUGGGAGAGCUCAAACGCAGCCAAACCUGCCUUGACCAGAGAUGCAGUGUAGACUUGUAAAUGGGAUGUACAUUGUAGAGAUUCGCAAAAAGGUGGCCUCAGAAACUCUUGAGGAAAACGGGUUCCAGAAA